CUAUGGACUACCCCUGAAUAAGCACGGGUGUAUGUUCCGCUACGGAAGACAUUUUGAGUUGUUUGCGCUGCUCUGUUGUCUGAACAGCAGGGGUUGGGUGUUGCUGGAAAGCUAAUCUUGUUCACGUCGACGCGACAGCUGAGUGUACACAGAGCAAAGGGGAAAUCGGAUUCAAACGUGACUUCUAUUUAUUUGCAAUCAUCGUAUCCAGUGAGCCGCAGAACGCCAGCCGAGUCCUAGAUGCUAGCUAGUUAGCAUUACCUAGCUGGCCUACCCUCUUCCUCCUCGACACUCGGUCCCUUCACACACACACAAUGGCUUUAAAACGAAUUAAUAAGGAGCUCAGUGAUCUGUCCAGAGACCCUCCUGCGCAGUGCUCUGCAGGCCCAGUGGGGGAUGACUUGUUUCACUGGCAAGCUACUAUUAUGGGGCCUAAUGACAGUCCCUACCAGGGCGGAGUAUUUUUCCUCACUAUUCAUUUCCCCACAGAUUAUCCUUUUAAACCACCCAAGGUGGCCUUCACUACAAGAAUUUAUCACCCAAAUAUAAACAGUAACGGCAGCAUCUGCUUGGAUAUAUUGAGAUCCCAGUGGUCCCCAGCAUUAACUAUCUCUAAAGUCCUUUUGUCCAUUUGUUCUCUGUUAUGUGACCCCAACCCUGAUGAUCCACUAGUGCCAGAGAUCGCCCGUAUCUACAAGACAGACCUCAACAAGUAUAAUAAACUGGCCCGAGAGUGGACAGAAAAGUACGCCAUGCUGUGAGGGUACAACAAGACAGCUCGGGAAUGGACCCAGAAGUAUGCCAUGUGAUUCCUGGUCCCCCCCCCUCCCCCCUCUACUUCCUCAUAGCUGGAAUAAACUGUCAAUUACUGUUCGUUUUUUGCCCAUUUGGCCACACCCCCUCAUUAAAAAAUGCAUCUUUAAUUUGUGCCCCUGCCCUGAACAGCCCGAUCUCACCCCACCUGCCCGCGGCCAAAUGCAUUUCGAAACACCUUCAUCUGCACUUCUGUGCUUCCUUAAAGAAGCCAAGCUGUACCAGGAGCAUGUACCUGUUUAAAAAAAGAAAAGACGCAACAAUGACAGCCCCCCCCCCCUCCCACCCUCAUAAACGAGCAGUCACUCCGAACUGACGAGACAGUGUCAACUCCAACUCCACCCUCACCCCUCCAUGCCAUGCUUUAAAACAAACACUGGGUGUCUCAACGCCAUUUCAGCCCUGGAUCUCUAGAUCUCGCUCUCUUACUCUCUCUCUCCCUUCCUCUCUCUCUCUCUGUCUCUCUCUCUCUCUUUAGACCAGACCAGCCCGGAAGGCUGUUCAUAAUAUCAACACCUAACUGUAAAAAAAAUAUAAACGAAAAAAGACAAAAAGGCGACUGUUUUGAAUGGAGAACUGCUAAAUACGACAAAUAAAUCCACCUGCAGGGUAACAUGAUUAAAAAAAAUAAAAAAUAAAAUGGAAAAAGAAAGCAAUGCAUGUGGAAGCUCAAAGUGGUGACUGCUGCUCAGGAUGGUCUCCAAGGUGAACGGCACACUUGUCUGCUUUUAAGGUUGAAAUUUUCCCUUAUUUUUUUCUUUUUGCUUCCUGGUUGUAUUUUUUUUGUUUUGUUUAUUGUUCUCCCGGGGGGGUUUGUUUUUAGAUCGGAGAGCCAUUAGUUUAUCCGUCAUCCUCAACACUGUCUUUUUUUUUUUUUUUGUUGCACUGAAUACAUUUUAUUCAAAGCUCUCCAAGGCUGAUUGGUCAACUAAUAGCUCUGCUAUGUGAUGUUUUUUUUUCUCAAUAAAGUUGAACAAAUUGCACAUCCGCUUUUCCUGUGGUUUAUACUUGCACCUCGCCCUUCAUUUGUAAGAUGACAGCAUGAGCCUCGACCGGUACUCCUGAUCCAGUGCAUCAGCAUUGUCCCUCACAGAAAUGUAGCUUCAGUGCAAAAGCCUGGAUCUUUGAACCCGCCUUUUGGCCUUUUUGGUCUCUCUUGUCCAGCUUCGGGAAGGAUACAGUGUAGCUUUGAUCAUCUUGUGUAUUUGUCUGAGUUAGCUCAGCAAACUCCGCCAUAGGCACUGUAUCCUGGAGGAGUCCUUUGCAUUUUUCUAAUGCUGCUAGUCUCGUUUCAAAUAAAGCCACUGUCUGUUGCAGUUUGGUGUAGUCUGUGCAUUUCCCAGUCUCCGUGCCUGAGAUAUCCGAGUACAGAGGCAUGUUGACGAUAGGAAAGUCCAAGGCUUUUUCUGCGGUCUGAUCCGGGAGUCAUAAAAAGUGCCAAAAUGUAUUGUUGAAUCGAGCGAUUGAGGACGACGGAAACAAACUUAAGUAUUAUGAUCCCGAAAUAGAAUAAAAUAAAGUGGAUCUGAACGAUGAAUGAAGUAGUUUUUUUCCAAUGCCUAGAGGAGCUUUGGGAAACAUGACCUCUCUCUGCUGCCUCUUGUCACUCAACUGUUUUUUAGUUUUGGGGUGCUGGUCACUUGGCAGUCAUAUCAGGCAUUUAUCAGUUAUUUGCUCCCAUUACUAUGAUCUGAGAAGACUUGUAGCCUACAAAAAAGUAUCCACAAAUAUAAGUUCUGUGUUAGAAUUUCUGAUAUGGGGAGGCUGUUUGUACAUCUUUGCUGCUGAAAAACGUGCAUUACUUGUUCCAGAUUUAAAGCUUUCAUUUUUUUUCUGUGAUUUGCAAAAUACACACCCCUCCAAACUGCAGCACUACUUCUAUGUCACUUUGUCCCAUAUGUAAAAUAAGAAUUAUGUUAAAUGUACAUCCUAAAUCAAAAUACGUUUAAUAUAUAAAUCUAAAUGCUAAAUCUUGUAUCCAAAUCUUCAAUCUAAAUUCUAAAUCCAUACAACAGAAAUGCUGAUUCUCUUAUGUAAAAAUACUAUUAGUAGCGACUUAUUCUCACACUGCUUCCGCAUCAGUCGACUGUUUCUUUUCUUCCUUUCCUGCCCAAUCCAAGUGAUGCCUUCCCGAUAAAUGACGUAUGUUUGUAUGGUUUGUGGAUUUAGAUAUCAGAUUUAGCAUUUUGAUUUAGAUAUAAAAUGUAGAUUUAGAUUUAGAUUUAGCUUCAGAUAUACGAAUGAGAUUUAGGAUUUCGAUUGAACAUAUAAUUCAGAUUUUAUAUGUGACAAAGUGACACGCAAAUGCAUUGCAUUUUGGAGGGUUGUUUAGUUGCUAAAUCUGCGAAAAUGUCAGCAAAGCACAAGCUAAAUCAGGAACAAGAGAAUCAUGU